AAAAAAACACUCAAAUUUUGUUAAAAGAGAGAGAGCAGAGCCUCUUUUUUCUUUGUUUUAUUUUGCGUGUUAUUUCGUACUUUGUGUUUUGAUUUGGCAAAUAUGGCACGUCGGGUGUUGUUUUUGGCAUGUGCUUUAGCUCUCUUUGCUUGUUCUUCUUCAGUGGCCUUUGCUAAAAUUGUGGAGCAUUCUUUUCAUGUGCAAAAUUUGACUGUCCACAGGCUGUGCCACCAGCGAGUCAUUAAUGCUGUGAAUGGAGGACUUCCCGGCCCACUAAUAAGGGUUCACGAGGGUGACACGCUCAUCGUUCAUGUCUUCAAUAAAAGUCCCUACAACCUUACAAUUCAUUGGCACGGAAUUUUCCAGUUGCUGAGCGGGUGGGCGGAUGGGCCGGAAUAUGCAACCCAAUGUCCCAUACGACCAGAACAUAGUUAUACGUACAGAUUCAACGUCACUGGACAGGAAGGAACCCUCUGGUGGCACGCCCAUGUUCAGUGGCUUCGUGCAACUGUCCACGGAGCUCUGAUCAUUCACCCUAGAAAGGGUCACUCCUACCCGUUCCCAAAACCAUACGGAGAAAUUCCAAUUCUUUUGGGAGAAUGGUGGAAUGCUAAUGUUAUUGACGUCGAGAACCAAGCAUUAGCCACCGGUAACGCUCCUAACAUUUCCGAUGCUUUCACCAUCAAUGGUCAGCCUGGCGAUCUAUAUCCAUGCUCGUCAAAUGACACAUACAAGCUGGAAGUUGUAUAUGGGAAAACAUAUCUCUUGCGUAUCAUCAACGCUGCCCUCAAUAACCAACUCUUCUUCAAGAUAGCCAACCACAAAAUGACGGUUGUCGCCGUCGAUGCUACUUACACCUCCCCGAUGGUCACCGACGUCGUUCUCGUCACACCCGGCCAAACCACCGACAUACUUAUCACCGCCAACCAACCACCGGCCUCCUACUACAUGGCGGCGCAUCCCUACGCUAGCGCUGCAGGCGUUCCCUUCGAUAACACAACCACCAGUGGAAUCAUUGUUUAUCAAAAUUCCAAACCAUCAAAGCCACUGAUGCCAGCCCUCCCGGCUUUCAACGACACUCCAACGGCUUUCAAGUUCAAUUCCAAUCUUAAAGGGCUUGUGAAUGGGCCUCAUUGGGCCCCGGUCCCACUCGAAAUCGACGAACACAUGUUUGUGACCGUGGGCUUGGGCCUGGUCGCUUGCGGAUUGAAAAACGCUACUUGUGCGGGCCCGUUAGGGCAGCGAUUCGGUGCGAGCAUGAACAACGCGUCCUUCCAGUUCCCCACCAAGCUAUCAAUGUUACAAGCCUUUCAUGGCAACAUUGGCGGCGUCUACACGACUGAUUUUCCCGAUAAUCCGCCGCUGGUGUUUAACUACACGGACCCGAACAAUAGUUUCAACACGUCAAUCGUGAUGACGACGAAGUCGACCAAAGUUAAGAAGGUCAAGUACGACUCGACGGUUCAGAUUGUGUUUCAAAAUACGGCGUUUGUGGGGUUGGAGAAUCACCCGAUUCAUUUGCAUGGGUUUAACUUCCAUGUGUUGGCCCAAGGGUUUGGCAAUUACGACGCCGUAAAUGCGCCCAAAAAGUUCAAUCUCGUCAAUCCACAAGUUCGUAAUACUAUUGGAGUCCCCGUGGGAGGGUGGGCCGUAAUUAGAUUUACGGCAAAUAAUCCUGGUGUAUGGAUGCUGCAUUGCCACUUGGAUGCGCACUUGCCAUGGGGCCUAGCGACCGCCAUUGUCGUCGAGAACGGGCACACGCCUUCCACAACCUUGCCUCCCCCUCCGCCAGAUCAACCCCAUUGUUAAUCCAUCACAUUGUUUAGGAGUUGUAUUGUACAUUUUUUCCACCGGAAGGGAGCUGAACUGUACAUUUGUUAUUUGUUGUUUUUCUCACAUCUUCUUUAGUUUCUAUUUAUGAGGGGGAGCUAAACUGUCAAAUUGUUUUCCCAAAUAAGUUGUUGAAAAAAUUUAAAGGUUAUUGAGAGAGAGAGAAUUGUUUGAAAAAUGUCAAAUUGUUUCUACUAGCUAAUAAGCUGUAGAUGGAAUGCAUAAUUCGUCAAAUGCAGUAAGUUGUAGCCCAAA